UGGAGGUUGCUCAUGUGGCGGCGCGCGUCCCAACGCGGGCAAUUCCGUCCUUUUGACAACCACCCAUGCCUCUCUUUUCGUUGGCGGCCGGGCUGCUCCGACAAAUUCGGGACGUCACUUGGCCGGCCGACAGAAUGCCUCCAGGCGAGGCAUACGGCAGCCAGGGCCAGCUACAGCAUCAACAGCCGCAGCAACGGCAGCAACAGUUCCAGCAGGUGCACCAAGUCCAGCAACUGCAGUAUCCUUCGCUGCCAACGCUGCAGCCUGGCCCGCAAGCCCCACCACCACCACCCCUCUCACCACACCCGCAAUACGCGAACUCAUAUCAGAACUCAUAUCAUAACGGCAACCAACAGUACCAACAUCAGAAUCAACAUGUCCAAUAUGCCCCUUCCCCGUAUACCCAGCAGCCUACACAGUUCUAUCCUAGCAUCGCUCCGCCGUCACAACAGCACCACCCGCAGCAGCAGUAUCCGAACUACAAUGGCUCCUUUCACCAAACCGUACCGGCCACACAGUCAGUUUCCAUGCCGGCGUCCGCACCUAUGCCCGGGUCCAUGCAGUUCGUCGAUCCCGCCUACCUCCAGCAGGCCCCCACGCCGCAACCUUCCAGUACUGUCUUCUCGUCGCGGCAGCCAUCAGCGUCGCCGCUGAGCGUCAAUAUGCCUGCCCUAGUCCAAACUCAACAACAGCGGCAGCCGCAGUCUCAGACUUAUAUUCACCAGCCCACGCCUGUGAAAGCGAGUCCGAAGAUGGAUGGGAGACUGCCACCAUCCCGGGGCACGCCUAAACUGCUUACGAAGGAAGCAAGGCGAUCAAGUUCGAGCGCCGGGGUUGCAAAAUCGCCCGCCACACCGCAGACCUCCUCUCAUAUAGAGACUCUCCCGCUCUUGCUUCAUGUUGCGGAGGACUGCUUCGCAAAGGCCAAUGCCGGGGCGCACCAAGUUGCGACGUCUAUGGAUGCGAGUGAGGUCGCAGAGCAUCACAAACUGGUAGCGACCGGGUUAGGAUGCUUGAACAUCGCGCUGAAAUCGAACAAGCUGUGGCCGCGGCUUGAGGCCAGGUUAUGUCUGCGAUACGCCAGCAUCCUCGUCGAGGAGACCACCAACAUCAUGGAAGCCGAGACGACCUUAACGAGGGGGAUCUCGAUUUGCGAGACGCAUCGCUUCCUCGAUCUCAAGUAUAGCUCACAGUUUCUACUAAUGAAGACGCUCUUCCAGCGGAAUCAGAAGGCGGCUUUCAAGUCAAUAGAAGGUCACAUUACUGACUCUACAACACAUAAGCAUGUUCCUUGGAUCUAUGCCUUCCGAUUCUUGAAAGCGGCAUUCCACCUGCAGUCUGGCACGGCCGCCGACAACCACUCUGUGGAGAACCUCCGCAAAAUCGCGGGCAUCGCGCAUCAACGCGGAGAUAAGGCUAUAUUCGUCCUAGCCAUGCUGCUCGAGGGUCUCGCGCACCUCAACACUAUGAAGGACGACUGGGCUACGCGCGUGCAGAUGUGUAUCGCCCAAGCCUCCAAGUUGCAGCUCGAUGAAUCCAUCCGCACUCCCCAGAGCGAUGUUUUAUUACUACUACUGGAUUUGGCAUGCAGCCUCCAUCAGAAAACCCACCAGAUAUCGGCACAGAAGAUGGCCAGCCUCCAGAGAAAACUGGAGGAGUUGAAGCAGUCGUCAGACUGGUCCGCACAUUCAGGAGAGAUGUUGCUGCCCGUUACUCGGAUGCAGAACGCGCACCAUAUUGUCAGCCAUGAUACAAGGGCAAUCCUGCGGCCCGGUGAUGAUCGUAUCGACUAUCUGGUCAUAUCUACCCUAGGGAAGCAAGAAGCAUGGGCGUUAGCUUAUGUGUUCAAUGGCAUCGUGGCUCACUACAAAGCUUCGACCCUAGGCCGUAGCUCGGGCAUGUGGGGAGAGGCGAUAAGGUUAUUGGAAGACAACAAGCAUUUACUACCAGCGCAGAGCCUUCCAGAUGCGCUCAGCCAAGUGGAGUGGACAAGGGAGCUCGUCUGCUACGCACACCUCCUCACAGGGCUUCAGGCCUCGACUCUUUGUGACUGGAGAAAAGUCAAGACCUGUCUCAACACGGUCAAGGGAAGCCAACCUCGAUCGGAUUUCCUCGACAUCUUGACGCUGUACCUGGAAGGUGUUUUCUACCAGGGCACAGCAUCGCUCCACAGGGCGAUGGAGAUUUGGAAGGAUGGGAAAUUUGAAAUGGACCGCAGCGGAGCGCCAAAGGCGAACGGCGGCCGCAUUGCAACGGAGUUAUCUAUCCUCGCUCUCCUUAACCGGCUCUGGAUCAUGCAGGAGCCGGAGUUUGUGGAUCUUGACGAAACGGCGGAGCUUGUCGACCUGCUGCGCCCUAUCUGCGAAGACAACCCAGACCAGGAGAUUCGCACUGUCUACAACCUCGUCCUAUCCUCCAUCCGCACAAAGCCGCCGCUCUCUGUAAACCAGGUCAAACGGCACAUCCAGCAAUCGCUGAGCGGUGCCCAGCAGACGAGCAACACGCAAUACCUGUCGAUAGCUCUCAACAUUAUGCGUUGCAAGCUGUUUGAGAAUGUGGUGGGCGAGCAGGCGCUAAAGAGCGCCAAGGCCGGGUCUGCGCAGGCGAGGAAGAGCGGGAACGUGCUGUGGAUGAGUGUGGCAGAUGGCAUGCUCGCGCAGUCGUUUGAAAUGCAGGGCGCCUUGGCUGAGGCCAGGGCGGCGCAUGAGGCUGCCGUCAGGUUGGCGAACGACGCAUUUGAGAAGACACAGAUAUGGGAGACUCAGUAGGUCCGAGUUGUGAGGUCUCUGUGACGGGGGAGGUAUAGAAGGGGUCUUGAAUCUGGUUCUGAUAUUGCUUGGCGCGCGGAUGACACCACAGAUGGGGACAAGAGGGAUGUCAGCGUCCAUUUACAACAUAUACCCUGUGAUAUUUGCCUGAUGGGGUUUGCUAGUCUUUUUAAUUGAUGGCUCCAUAGUGAGGAUUUGCGACAUCGGGAUAUCUCACUCCUGUACACUAUUGAUGUUGCUGAUCAAAGGGGGGAUUGUCGCACCUAGCGAUAGUCUUAUCGAUAAUGAAUUUAUUGGAGUCCGCGCCGCGAUC